AUGAAGUACUCCACUACAAUCCUCGCCCUCACCCUCGCGACUACGGCCACUGCAGACUGGGCCCUUUACUGCGGAGACUCUUGCACAGAUGGUACCCUCAUCGCAUCCGGUUCAGAGGCCGUCCAGUCCUGCGCAAGCCUCGGCGACACAUACGAUUACUGCUACAUUCUAGCAGAUUCCAUCUACUACGUGAACUGGUGGAAGGCAUUAUUCUACGAGAAUGCCAAGUGUGAAGUGACUGGUGUCUCUGGAGGCUUAGAGAGCGACGGGCUGUUCAAUGGCUCCUGUACAGAUGCCGGGUCAUGGAAAAGUUAUGAAGUGGCGUCUGACGCGUCACGUUCAGGAUUCCUCGCGCCCAAGGAGGGUUCUGUGAUUGAGCCUUCAUACCACCGAAAUCCGAUCCUCCCUCGAACUCUCACAAUGAAGUUGACUGCCUUCCUCACCGUGCUGUCCCUCUCCUCCUUUGUUGCGGCAGCACCUAUCUUGGACAAAGCUGCUAGAGGACUCCUUCCUUCUCCCGGUGCUGUAUUGGAAAAGGCGUAUCCGCAUAACGGUAUUCCACAGCUCGUUGGGAAGCUUGACAGACUCACUGGGGAUCAAUGA